AUGAACGUUACGUAUCGAGAUUCCACGUCCUCUCCAUUCUCCAUGACGGAGGACUCCUCUGCAUCAGGCUCACCAGAUCCUUACAAAGAAGAAGAGGACGUCAAAAUCAUUCACACGGCCAUGCCCGAAAAGGUAGAAUCCAGUUUGGUAGAUUCGCUCAUUGCCAAACAAAUGUCCAGUCUCACCAUGGAUCAACGAGAACAAGCUUAUUUUGAUAUUCAUGGAAUUUCCAACAAUGAUGAAACUCCCGAAUUGAUUCAGCAAUCCAUGUUGGAAAUGGAAGCCGAGCUUGGCAUUUUGGAGGAUGCGGCCGCCUAUCGGAAGGCACUCGACUUGAACUCGCAGUACGUGAGGCAAGAUCGAUUCCGGCUCAAGUUCCUAAGGGCGGAUCGCUUUGAUCCCAAAAAGGCAGCGUUGCGCAUGGCCCGGCAUUUCGAAGCCAAAUUGGAUUUGUUCGGUCAAGAGAAACUCUGUCAGGACAUUACCCAGAACGAUUUGAAUCCUGGAGAUAUGGAUGCUUUGGUGACGGGGGUCGGUCAUUUGCCCAUUAGGGACUCGGUGGGACGUCUAGUAAGAAUUUCCUUUUCGCACAAUGGGGUGGACAUUGCGGGGUCGACCAUGGAAAUUCUCCGAGCCUUGUUUUAUUCCUUAAUGGUAUUGGCAGAUGACGAAGAGACACAAAAGAAUGGAGUGGUAUUUGUUUCCUGGGCGGUUGGGUACAAACAAGAUUCAAACAUGGUGCAUGUUACCAAAUCCGAUGGAUUCAAAAAUGCCAUUUGGGCCAUGGUCAAAUUGGCCUUUACCGCGAUACCCUUUCGACACGAAGCCUUUCAUUUGUGUUAUGAUAAUUUCUUUUUGAGUCCCAUUUUUGGCAUGAUCAAAUUAUCUUUGGGAAUGUACAUGGGUGUUCGAGUCAGGACUCAUUAUGGAAACAAAUUGGAGUGUCAGCGCAAAUUGCAAACCUUUGGAAUACCCACCACAGUCAUGCCAUUAAAGGCGGCGGAUAUGGACCAUGCCAAGGAAAUUUGGAAGAAACGACUCGCAUAUGAGAAAUGGAGUUCGAAUCCAAGUCAUGAGGGUAAUCCAAGACCACGAUCCGUCUUUGUUCCUGGACAUUUGGAUAUUUUGUUAGGGCGGGGUAGACGGUGCCAAGAACAUGUUGGGAACAUGCGAUUGAGGAAUCUGGUAGAAGAUUGCAAACCAGAAUACGACCAGGCAUCCCGAAAGGAAAAGACACUGAUAUCCCAAGAGAUUGUGGACAAUGUGAAAAAGAAUUCUCAUCAUUUUCUAAAGGAUGAAGAUGAAGGGUGGGUCGAAGUGGACGAUCAGGUGGCUCGACUCAAGGUCAGUCAUACCUUUCGGGAUGUAGCCAAGGAUGCCACCAAAAAGAAGGAAGGGAAUACGUCAGACAAUGCCUCGGUAUGCAGCGAAACCAAAAAGAGGGAUCGAGAUUCAUGA